GCUACAAAUAAAUUUAAGGGCCGCAUCAACAACGCGGUAUUGGUUGCAUCGAUGGGUCCCAAUCACAUGAUGAGUUGGCUGCUAAAGAAUGUUGCAAUUUCAUGUGCAAACGGCGUCGGGCAAACGCGCUUUUUUUCGUCCGGGCCAUUAUUGUCGCAAGUGGACACGGCAUCACUUUUAUUAAAAAUGGAUAUUUUUGCAUAUGGCUUUUUGAAUUAGAGAGAUGCAGCCAAGUGCAUGCCUCUGAGCCAACUAUGCCCAGCUACACGAAAAAGCCGGUGUUGGUUGGAGACAAGUGUAUUUUUCAUUUUGACUUGCCAGCAAAAUACGCUUUGUUGGCUUCAGCUAUCGCAAACUACAGAUUUUAGCACAAUUAAAUAGGCAACUGACCACUUCUCGUUGCCUUCGCAUUACACAAUUGUUAGAUGCACACAAAGGGAAAGACCAUGCAGGCCAAAUGCCAUCUCGUUUUCAUUUGCUUAUAAAUAAUCAAGCUGCACC